UGGGCUGUCGUGGAGGGCUUGUGCUGUUUGGGGACAGCCCCUCUGGUGGCAUCUCUGCCCCCUUCUGAGGGCCGCCGCCACAUCCCGGGUGCCCCUCCUGACGCAUGUGGCCUGGCAGAAGCGUGGUGACUCCUUUCUCCCCUCCCUCCUCCUCCAGCAACAUGGCCGACAGCAAGGCCAAGUCUGCCAAGGCCGCCAACAAGACACCCCCCAAGUCCCCAGGGGACCCCGCAAAGGACAGGGCAGCCAAGAGGCUGUCGCUGGAGUCGGAGGGGGCCGGUGAGGGGGCGGCUGCCGCGGCGCCGGAGCUCAGCGCCCUGGAGGAGGCCUUCCGGCGCUUUGCCGUGCAUGGGGACACCAGGGCUACCGGGAAGGAGAUGCAUGGCAAGAAUUGGUCGAAGCUGUGCAAGGAUUGCCAGGUCAUCGACGGGAAGAACGUGACCGUCACAGACGUGGACAUCGUCUUCAGCAAAAUCAAAGGGAAGUCCUGCCGGACCAUCACGUUCGAGCAGUUCAAGGAGGCGCUGGAAGAGCUCUCCAAGAAGAGAUUCAAAGACAAGAGCAGCGAGGAGGCUGUCCGCGAGGUGCACAGGCUCAUCGAGGGCAAGUCCCCUGUCAUCUCAGGGGUGACGAAAGCCAUCUCGUCACCCACCGUAUCUCGGCUCACAGACACGACCAAGUUCACGGGCUCCCACAAGGAGCGCUUCGACCCGUCGGGCCGGGGCAAGGGCAAGGCAGGCCGUGUGGACCUGGUGGACGAGUCAGGCUACGUGUCGGGGUACAAGCACGCGGGCACCUACGACCAGAAGGUGCAGGGGGGCAAGUAG